AUGUAAAAAUAAAUAGAAGAACUUGAGUUUCUUUUAAAAAAGAGUCCCUAACACAGAAGCAAUGCUGAAAUCAAUAUAUUAGUGUAAUUAACAUCGUAGCUUCCAUUUUUUAAAUAGUACAUGAAAUAAGAAAAUGGUUUAUAAAUUCAAAGAAAAUGUUGCAAAAAUAUGUAUUGUGAAAAAUUCAAAUCAAAUGAUAUUGUUUUCCUAGUUGGUACUCUUAUUACAAUUACAUUUUCAUAGAUAGUGUUGGUACCAAAUUUUACAUCAUACUGGAAGGAUCUGUUACAGUAUUAGUCAGAAAAACAAAUUAAUCAGAAAUGGAGGCUGUUAGAGUUCUUAAUAAAGGUGAAUCCUUUGGUGAACUAGCCUUAUUACAUAAAUAACCAAGACUUGCUACUAUUUAAUGUAAUACUGAUUGCAUUUUUGCUGUCUUAGAUAAACACUAAUUUAAACAUAUUUUAUAAGAAGAAUAAUAAAAAUAAUUGGAUCAAGUAAAUCACUUUAUUAUUUUAAGAAUAUUGAUUAUUUUUCAUAAAUCAGAAUAUUUUCACAUUUACAUAGAACUUAAUUAAAACAUAUCUAUUUAAAUUCUUUUCUAUAUGAAUUUGAAAAAAAUUAAAUUGUUAUUAAAGAAGGAUAAAAAGCAGAUUAUUUUAUAUUGAUCAAAUCUGGAAGUUUUCUUGUUAAAAAAAUAAUGAAACCUAAUUAAAUAAAUGUUAAUGUAAAUAAACUUAAUAAAUAAUCAAGCUCUUUGAAAUUGGAGAAUUGUAAGUAUUUGGUUUCUAUCAUCUCAACAUUAAUUUACCAUAUGAAUAUUCUCUUGUUUGUAAUACAUCUAAGGGUUAUGCUUACAAAAUUAAUAGAACAUCCUUAGUAGAAAGAAUGUUUGAGUAAUAAAGUGAUGAUCUUAAACUCCAUAGAAUUGAACUAUAACAAUUAGCUAAUUUAAGGAGUGAAACAGAAGUCAAAACAGCACACAUUUAUCCACAAUAUUUUAGCAAAAGAAUUAAAACAGAUAUUUCUGAAGAACAAUUAUAAACAAAUUAACCUAUGUCCAUUGCUAAACGUAAUCUCUUGUCAUAUUAAAAUAAAUAGAAAUAGAGGAUGAAUCAAAUCAAAUUAUAAAUGGAUCUUUAAUCAUAAAAAUUAAGAAAACAACCCAUAAAAGUAUCAUAUGAAGUUACAACUCAUACUCAAUCUGAGCUCUUUCUUAAAACUCAUCGAUGUUAUAACUUUGUAUCAUAAGAAUCAGACUCUUAAAUGCACUAAUAAUAAUAAUAAUAUUAAUAAUAAUAAUAAUAAUAAUAAUAAUAAUAAUAAUAAUAAUAACCAUAACCAAUUAACUAUCCUAAAUUACCAAAAAAGUUAAUGAUAAAAACACAGUUCCCUGAAGAAUAUAUAGAUAAGUUAUCUUGUGAUAGUCCUUUAAGUUCAACUUAAACAUAAAUGAAAAGUUUAAAUGGUUUAAAAAAAAUGAUAUUACCUAAUGCACAAAAUAGAAUAAAAUCACGAACCUUUUAAUCAUAGUUAAGUUCGUCUCCUCUCUUCAAAACUAUAAGUUGCAUACUUUAACAACGAUAUUCAAGUAUUACAUCCAGCAAUCAUUAUAUUUGA